CAACAGAAGCAACAAAUGCGGAAUUUAGCUAGGACUCCUAAUCUUAUAAAACAUUCCCCUUCUGAAGAUGGACUGUUAGCAUCUCCAAUGGAAGAUUUUGAAAGAGAACUGAAGGCAGAAGCUAGUCUAAUGGACUACAUAAGUAGUCGUGAUAGUUCAUCUGAUUCUAAAAGUUCAUCAUCUUCAGGUAGUGAGGAUAGUUCCAGUGACUCAGACAAUGAAGACUACAGGUCCUCUCCUUCUGAGCCAGGAAAUUGUAUCUCAGGACAUCCUGUCAUGUCUGCCAUGCCACAGUGCAGGAUUCCUGAUAUGGAUGCUGGCCUGAAUAGAUCUCAUGAGAACAGUGGCCUUCUGAUGAGUACUUUAAGAAAUGAUUUGCAGCUGAAUGAAUCAGGAAGUGACAGUGAUGAUGGAAGAAACUUUCAGAAACUUACAUCCCACAUGUAAGA